AUGCUGCUGAAUCUUGGUCUCACAGCGGAUGCCGCAGCUGCUCACAAUCCCGAUCCUAGCGCCCAGCCAGAAACGCCACCCGCGCCUUCUUCACCAUCAUACUCCCCAGCCUUCUCCUUGGCCACCUUGCCAAUUUUGGGCUCUCUAUAUAACAGAACUAAACCGACUGAUGGUCCUGCACAACCUGUGGGCUCUAUAUCCGGCGUGGCCAUGAGCCCCAUUGGAUCCAAGCCGAGCGAGGGCGAGUCGUCUAAGGCCACCACGUCGGCCCCCGGCAGACCUCGUGUCAGCCGCUCGAACACGAACGCAACGCGCAAGUCCACCCGGUCUAAGACCUCGUAUCAGCUCGCCCACCCUGCCUCACAUGCUCGUCACAAGCGACUGAAGCUCCGUCCGAAGCUUCUUCUACAGCUGCAACAGGUGUCGCACACACCUCGUCCCCUGCCCAUCUUGGAUGUCCUUCCGUCAACAUUAUAUCUACCACGGUUGGCUCGGAAAUUCCCAGCGAUGUUCCGUGGUAAGAAUGGUCUCGGUCCGAAUGACUUGAUUAUCGUGAUGAGUGAACUAUAUGAGCGCACGGUCGCCAGUAUUCCGGAAAGACCGCCGAGCUCCGAGGACGACGACGACGAUCACCGCGAAGUGGUGGCUACAAUCUGCCAGAUGCUCCAGGACAAUGCACUUCAGAGGGGGAAGGCGGAGAUUUGCCUGAACUUUGGUCCGACAUGGGAGGCUACACCCCUUCCGAGCGGUUCUUACGAAUUUGUCGCGCGUACGGAAAAUGGACUGCAAGUGAUGCGCUGGGCUUUGCGAGCAGGCAGGAGUCGACGGAUGUCUGCACAGCCCAGCUCUGAGCCGCGCGAAGAUAAUAAGCGAUUCACAUUUAGUGUCAUCGACCCCAACACUCGUCGGCAUCCGGUGAUCGCGUCUAUGACGCGCAACCAGUUAGAAGUGUUCGAUGAAUACUCCACCGUGACUCGAUCGAAUACCGGGCCCACCACUCCGAGCUCGGGCAUGUCUGUGAUUAGUGACUUAUCUGAUAAUGAUGCAUUAGACCUGAAUACGGAUGCAAAUGUUGUCACGGUUGAGGAUGGACUCCGCACGUUAAUCAUCAUCACUGGAAUUUGGGUCGCUUUCCGUGAGGGUUGGUCGACCAAUUUUAAUUACGGCGAUCCACUGUCAUCUCCCAUUGGCAAAAACGUCGCCUCUCCAGCCUCCUCUAAGUUUUGUACACCACCAAUCGCCAAGAGUGAAAACAACAGCCCGGUACGUCGCGAUGAAAUAAAUGAUCCGAAGGAUGUAGCCAAUGGCAACAAGCGCUGCGCAUCCGCCGCGAGUGUUCAUCGCUCGAACACCUUAUCACCUAUCGAUGGUGCUAUGUUUGGAAGUCUCUCCAGGCGCUCCAAUUCAACCGGUGCUGCAUUCAUGGACCGAGCAAAGCGACGAAGCGCCUCCGCUGGGAAUCGUCUCAAUCGCCACAGUGCAUUCACAGGCACUGGAGAAAAUGGCGAGAUUGUUGUAUCUCGGCCCCCGUCCAUCAGACUCAAUUCAGCCGAAGCUGAAAAUUCCUCGCGUACUGCCCAGCUCAAAAGUCAAUCCAAGGCAAAGCCAGCCAAAGAGAAUCCUCGCCCCACAAGAUCCGGACAAGCGCUACCCUCAUACCUGGAUCAUCGCCAGGUCUGGGAUUCAGACUAUACCAAAGAGCCCGAACUUGCUCCUCCAGGCGAGGGCAAAAGCAAACGCCGACACCGAUUCAGUUCCCUUUUCACGAUUUUCCACCGAAAGGAAAGGAUCCAUUGA